AUGAGUAGAGCCAGUAAGAUAACGUUUGCAUUAUCUUCUAUAUUUUGUGUUGUUACUGUAAUUGGUGUCCAUAUUGUUCAAGAUAUGGAGAGAGAUACAUUACAUCAAGGUCCUAUUAAGGAUGCAAAGAGAGUGGCUGAGAAAAGAGCUGCAAAGGAACAGGACCAAAAGAAAGGAACGCCGACUGACGGGUUAACUGAUAUUGCUAAACAGAAGAAACGAGAUUUUAAUAAGAGUGAUCAUGAAUUACAACAAGCAUUGAAAGAAAAAUAUACGGCUAUUCAACCUUUAACUGGGGAAAUCAUAACACAGGAUGGUGAAGUAGUUAAAAGUAAGAAAUAA